AAGACUGGUAGAGGCAAAUGUGAAAAAUUUAGGAGGGGGGAAACUGGAACGAGCAACAACGGGCGAAAACGGCUACAUCAAAUGAAAGUGAAGGGGGGCAAUAGUCAAACCAAUUUCUCGUAUUUUCCUUCUCAUCUCUUUCAUAAAUAAAUUACCAUAACCAUAUCAUAGGAUUAAGAUAUAAAACCUUCGGAGAUGUUUGUCCAUGUUGUAGUUUUACUCUGACAAGUUAUUUUCAGUAAAUAUUGUUCCUCUGCUUGCGUUUAAGUGUAACUUCAUAACAUUCUUCUGACCGGAUCUUGGUGACGUAUUAGACCCACCCAUUGUGUGCCCGGAUUGCCCACUAGCUCUUGUUCGUUGCGUGUCUAUUGGUAAGCUUGUACCAACGUGAAAGAUUGGAAAUUGCGUUUCUAAAUCUGGGUUUUGCUUAGCUCUUGUUUCGGGAUUUCUCUUUGCUAUCUUUUGUUCUGCCGCAGUUGUGGAUUCUGAGUCAUUGGUUUUCACUUUCAAAGCUCCAAUGAUUUGAACUUUGUUAUUAAAAUUAGGGGAAAUGGGUAUAGUUAGGACAUUGAUGCCGCCUCUAGAUUCAUGAUAGUCAGGUUAGGGGUGAUAGUUGCUGCUUCCAUUGCAGCCCUCACAGUUAAGCAGCUGAAUGUGAAUAACUCAAGAUCAGAACAUGGUGAAGCGAAGUUUAGAAAAAGUCAAGAUGAGGGUACAGAACAGGAGCAGGUCACUUAUUCUACUGAUGGUCUCACCACGAAGGUUAGGCAAGAAGAGGAGCAAAAGGAGGUUAUGUUAAUUAACAGCGUAACCAAUCGAACCGAUGACUUUAAAGAUGAUAUUCCUCCUGAACUUGAAAGCCUUCUAUCUGGAGAGAUUGAUUUUCCAUCACUUACUGAUAGGACUGAUGAGGAGAAGAAAGACAAAGUUUAUGAAACUGAUAUGACUAACAAGGCCAGUGAAUUAGAACGGUUGAGGAAUCUAGUGAAGGAAUUGGAGGAGAGGGAAGUGAAACUAGAAGGUGAAUUGCUUGAGUACUAUGGUUUGAAGGAGCAGGAAGCAGACUUUGUGGAGUUGCAAAGGCAGUUGAAUAUUAAGACUGUAGAAAUAGAUAUGCUUAAAAUGACCAUUAAUUCCUUGCAUGAAGAGAGGAAGAAGCUUCAAGAAGAGCUCACACAUGGAGCUUCUGCCAAAACAGAACUUGAGGCAGCAAGAAGCAAAAUCAAGGAACUGCGAAGGCAGAUACAGCUUGAGGCUAACCAGGCAAAAACCCAGCUGUUGUUGCUUAAACAAAAAGUUUCUAGUUUAGUGAUGAAGGAAGAAGAGGCUGUCAAGAAAGAUGCUGAAAUUGGAAAAAAAUUGAAAGCUCUGAAUGACUUGGAGGUUGAAAUUGUGGAGCUUAAGAGAGAAAAUAAAGAACUUCAACUUGAGAAGCGAGAAUUAACAGUUAAACUCAAUGCUGCUGAUUCUAGAAUUACAGAACUCUCCAAUGAGAAUGAAAUGGUUUCCAAGGCAAAAGAGGAGGUAAGUAGCCUGAGGCAUAUGAAUAAAGACUUGCUAAAGCAAGUAGAAGGACUCCAGAUUAAUAGGUUCAGUGAAGUUGAAGAGCUUGUAUAUCUUCGUUGGGUAAAUGCAUGCUUAAGGUAUGAGCUGAAGAAUUACCAGGCACCUCCUGGAAAAUUAUCAACCCGUGAUCUAAACACAAGUCUCAGCCCAAAAUCACAAGAGAAGGCUAAGCAGAUAAUGUUAGAAUAUGCAGGAUCAGAGCAUGGACAAGGAGAUACAGAUCUUGAUAGCUACUUCUCUCAUACCUCUUCACCAGGCAGUGAAGAUUUUGACAAUACUUCUUCCAUUGAUAGUUUUAUGAGUAAACAUAGUAGUGUUAGCAAGAAAACUAGUUUAAUCCAAAAGUUGAAGAAAUGGGGCAAAAGCAAAGAUGACUCAAGUGCUCUUUCAUCACCAGCCAGAUAUCUUUCAGGUGGCUCUCCUAGCAGGAUGAAUAUGAGUAGUAGACCUAGGGAUUCCCUGGAAUCGUUGAUGCAAAGGAAUGCUAGUGAUUCUGUAGCCAUCACUACCUUUGGACAGAAUGAUCAGGAACCUUCUAAUUCUCCUGAAACACUAGCUCUUCCUAGCAUAAGAAGAGUUUCAUCCUGUGAAUCAUUAAACUCUGUUGCAUCUUCAUUCCAAUUGAUGUCUAAGACAGUGGUUGGGCAUCUGGAUGGAAAAUAUCCUGCAUAUAAAGACCGCCAUAAAUUGGCCUCAGAAAGGGAAAAACAAAUUAAGGAAAAGGCUGAGAAAGCAAGAGUGCAAAAGUUUGGUGACAAUUCAAAUUUGAAUAUGUCCAAGGCUGAAAGAGAGAGGAAAGUGACUUUGCCAUCAAAACUCACUCAAUUAAAGGAGAAGGCACAUGUCUGUGGUAGUUCAAAUGAUCAUCCUGACUAUGCUAAGAAUGGUGAUAGUCAAACCAUUAGCAAGAUGAACCUUGUCCACAUUGAGAAAAGGGCACCUAGGGUACCUCAGACACCUCCUAAACCAUUUGGUGGUGCUCCCGUUUGUACAAAUUCAAAUUCUUCAAAUGUAGUAUCAUGCCCUCCAUCUGUGCCUCUUCCUCCUCCACCCCCACCAGCACCACCAGGUGGACCACUUCCCACUCCACUAGGAAACCUAUCACGAGGAGCAUUAGCUUCUGAUAAAGUUCACCGUUUUCCUGAGCUAGUUGAAUUUUAUCAGACACUGAUGAAACGAGAAGAAAAGAGUGAAACUUCAUCAUUAUUUUCGUCUACAACUAAUGCAUCUGAUGCUAGGAGCAACAUGAUCGGGGAGAUUGAGAACAGAUCAUCAUUCCUCUUAGCUGUGAAAGCCGAUGUGGAAACACAGGGCGACUUUGUCUUGUCCUUGGCAAAUGAAGUUCGAGCAGCCUCCUUCCAUAAGAUUGAAGAUCUGGUGGCUUUUGUGAAUUGGUUAGAUGAGGAGCUUUCCUUCUUGGUCGAUGAACGAACUGUUCUCAAGCAUUUUGAUUGGCCCGAAGGGAAAACUGAUGUGCUGAGGGAGGCAGCUUUUGAAUAUCAAGAUCUGAUGAAAUUGGAAAAGCAAGUCUCCACCUUCACCGAUGACCCCAAACAAUCAUGUGAUGUUGCUUUGCAGAAAAUGUACUCAUUGCUUGAAAAAGUGGAGCAAAGCGUAUAUGCAAUCUUACGGACAAGAGAUAUGGCUAUUUCGCGGUACAAAGAGUUUGGAAUACCAGUGACUUGGCUAUUAGAUACGGGAGUUAUGGGAAAGAUCAAGCUUUCCUCUGUGCAACUGGCAAACAAGUAUAUGAAACGUGUUGCAUCCGAACUUGAUAUAUUAUCUGGACCCGACAAGGAACCAAACAGAGAGUUUUUUAUUCUGCAAGGAGUACGUUUUGCGUUUCGUGUUCAUCAGGUAAUUUUUAAGGCUCUUGGUUUUGUUUUCACUUCUACAUCCCUCAUGAAAAUAAACUGAUUUUGCAUAGUAACAGAGUUUACUUA